GCGAGAAAGAAAGACGUUUUGUUGUGGUAAUAACAUAAAAAAAAAAAAGUCCUUCAUUUUACCGGAAUAAUUAGUGUUUCCGCUCCGUCUGCUGCUAGUUACACGUCGUAUAACUUCGUCUGUUUUCCACCUGGAGCCAGCAGGAUGUCUGUGACCAUGACCAGGGCUGAGGGGGUCACUGUGUUCACUUUGUCCUCAGACCCCCAAAGUGUUUGUCCUCCACUCUGCCAAAUCCUCAAAGGCCUUUGCUACAGCCCCACAUGCUGCUCUGUGUCUCAGCACCUGAGGAGGGUCCAGGGAUCUUCUCAGUCAGUGCUGGGGGCUCUGCACAUUAUGGUUGGUUUGCUCAACAUCGGCCUUGGAGCGAUCCUCUGCAGCGCUCAAUGGGCCUCAUGGUGGCAAAUGGAUGAGACCUUGUUUCCUCUUUGGUUUGGUGGAGUGUUUAUGUUGCUCGGCAGCAUGUGCAUUGUGUCUGAGAAGUGCCCCAGUCCAUGUCUGGUCAUCGUUAAUGCGAUCCUGAAUGCAGGAGCAGGAGUUGCUUUUGCCAUUGCAGCCAUCGUGCUCUACAGCAUCAAUUUAGCAAACAUGUGGCCGUAUAGGAUGUGUCGUGACGAUUAUUAUGAUGAUUAUUACUAUGGACGCCACAGACACACUACUGCUGCUCCAUCUCCUGGGGAGGAGAUCAUGAAGGAGAAAUGCUUGGAGGGCAAAGAACUGGUUCUGAUGCUUGUGAGAGGUAUGAAUUCUGUGCUAAUUAUCCUGUCCGUCCUGGAGCUCUGCCUCGUAAUCAGCUCCACCGUCCUGGGGAUCAAGUCUCUGAGGAGUCGUGUGAAGGGAGAAAACAAGGAGACUGGUGACCCUGAACUCUACAGUCCACUGCUGGAGGAAGUCACCAGUAACCCCAAAGCCUAAAUAAACAUCUCUGCUUUGUGCUAUCGGUUACCACCUACUAUAAUCCUGUUAAUGUCAAUGGUUUAUACAUGGGUCUUUUCCUACAACUGUUGCUUUAAAAUGUUUGCACUUUUAUUUUAGAUUAUUUUUAUAAUAAGCUGCACUACUUUGUAUAAGCUGCUGCUAAUUCAUUCUCUGUUGAUUGUUUUUUUAAAACGGUUUCUCGAAUAAUGUGCCUUAUAGUCAGUAUGUUUGUGGUUAAAACUGAGUUUAAUGCAAAUGCAUGUAAUGGACAAAAACGUUUUUGUGUACUAUUUACGAUAUUCAGCCGUACAUACUCGACAUUUUGGUGAUUUCUGCUCUGCUGUUAAGAUUAAUAAAACCUAAACUUAUGGAACAGUG